UUGAAUCCUCUCCCCCACAGAUCUCUAUCAUUCAUCGCCAUUCUCCUUCUCCUUCUUCUUCGUCUUCACUGCCACACUUUCGUUUCCCGUUGACAAAAAGGAGGAUAUAAAUAAUUCAGGAUUUAAUUUAAAAAAAGAUGGCAGCUUCAAGCUUCUCUGGUUUAGAAGGUCAGAAAGAUGAACACAAUUCUGGUAAAAGACAUGGAGGAAGACAUGGAUCUAACAGAAGAUGAUUUCAGAAAUGUCUCUGGCCAGUUCUCAAGGGAUACAUCCACAGCCACGACGGUUAGAGAUACUGUCAAUGUCAGUGCUGAAACUGUGAAAGUGGAUGUUAGUUCUAAAACUGGUGUUAAAAGAGCCAGAACAAUCUCUAACGAGCAUCAACCUUCAGUCCAUGUUACUUAUAAACACUUAACAAGAGCUAGCAAGCAGAAGCUGGAAAGCUUACUACAGCAAUGGUCAGAAUGGGAAGCAGAACAAACUUCUCUUCUUUGCCAAUCUGAUCAGGAUCAAGAACCAGUACUAGAAUCUGGUGAGGACACAUACUUUCCUGCUUUGCGUGUGGGAUUGCAGAAGUCAUCAUCUGUGUCAUUCUGGUUCGACUGCAAAACUGGUCAGGAUUCUCUAAAGGAGUUUGUUCCAGUGGAGAGCAGCACUACUCCUCUUUAUAACCGUAAAUUCACAAUUGGUUUAGAUUCAACCGUUGGCUCAAGUAACGUGGAAGGAGGCUUGGAGAUUAUCGAUGAUGAUCCUCCACGCUGCUUCAACUGUGGCGCAUACAGUCAUUCAAUGAGAGAAUGUCCAAAGCCUUUUGAUCGAUCAGCUGUUAGUAUUGCACGGAGACAGCAUAAAAGCAAAAGAAGUCAAAGUUCUCGUCUACCUUCUAGAUAUUAUAAGAGCGCUCAAGGUGGAAAAUAUGAUGGCUUGAAGCCUGGCUCACUUGAUCCAGAGACUCGUCAGCUUCUUGGUCUUGGGGAACUGGACCCUCCUCCGUGGCUUCAUAGGAUGCGAGAGAUUGGAUAUCCACCGGGAUAUUUAGCUGUGGAAGAGGAUCAUCUCUCUGGAAUCACUAUAUUUGACGAGGAAGAGACUGAACCACCAGAAGAAGGGGAAGUGAAAGCUGAGGACGGUGAGAUAUUGGAAGUAGCAAGCUCUUCAGAGCCGGAAAGGAAAAUGACAGUUGAGUUUCCCGGUAUAAACGCACCUAUCCCAGAGAACGCAGAUGUGUGGAUAUGGCAACAGAGGAAGAACACAGGGUAUGGUUACAAUCAUGAUCACCAAUACAGAGGAGGCGUAAUGGGACCUCCAGGUGUGGAGCUUUCGUCGAGUUAUCCUCCAAGGUAUGGUGGUGGCAUUAGAUAUGAUCACGGGUUAGGUUCAAGAGCAAGAAGCCCUGGCUCGGAAUCAGAAAGAAGGUAUUACUACUCUCCGUAUAAUCAAGAUUUGAGGUAGAGAGAGAUAGAGGAGAGUGAUUUAGAUUUUAGCAGCAGGAGAUGGAUUAAUUAGUGAGUGAAUGUGGGAAAUGUAUUGUAUUGUUUAGGGAGCAAUGUUUCUUUUUUUUUUGGAUCUCGCUGUAACGAGUGCUAACAUGCAUGGUGUUUUUCUUUAUUCAAGGGAGGUUUCGUUUUGUAACAGUUACACCAAUAUGGAGGUUUAUUAUUCAUUUACCUCUCU